AUGUCGGCCAAGUACGGCUUCACCAAGUCGCUCAAGGAGCUGCGCUUCCUCUUCUGCCAAACCUCGGAGCACAGUGCCGCCGUCAGAUCCUUCCUGACGCGCGCAUACCCGACGAUGAAGAAGAACAACCCCGACACCCCCAUCAUGCUGCGCGAAGCAGCCGGCACGCUGCCCAAGAUUUACGCACGAUACGAGUUUGGCAACGAGAAGCAGCAGUCGCUCGAGGGGCUGUCUGACAAGCAAGUCGAGGACGCCGUCGCGGGGCUGGUCAGGAAAACCGAGGCCUAA